CGAAUCUCCUUCUCUCAUUGGCUAGCGACAUGCCAGAGGUGGGUGGGGGAAAUGCGUCAGACAACGAGCUCACUUCCGGCCAGGGAGCGCGCGGGUUGAUUCGUCCUUCCUCAGCCGCGGGUGCUCGCAGCUCGGAAAUGGCGGGAUUUGGUGCUAUGGAGAAAUUUUUGGUUGAGUACAAGAGUGCAGUGGAGAAGAAGCUGGCAGAGUACAAAUGUAACACCAACACAGCAAUUGAACUAAAAUUAGUUCGUUUUCCUGAAGAUCUUGAGAAUGACAUUAGAACUUUCUUUCCUGAAUAUACCCAUCAACUCUUUGGGGAUGAUGAAACUGCUUUUGGUUACAAGGGUCUGAAGAUCCUGUUAUACUAUAUUGCUGGUAGCCUGUCAACAAUGUUCCGUGUUGAAUAUGCAUCUAAAGUUGAUGAGAACUUUGACUGUGUAGAGGCAGACGAUGUUGAGGGCAAAAUUAGACAAAUCAUCCCACCUGGAUUUUGUACAAACACGAAUGACUUUCUCUCUUUGCUGGAAAAAGAAGUCGAUUUCAAGCCGUUUGGAACCUUACUUCAUACAUACUCUGUUCUCAGUCCAACAGGAGGGGAAAACUUUACCUUUCAGAUAUACAAGGCUGACAUGACAUGUAGAGGCUUUCGAGAAUAUCAUGAAAGGCUUCAGACCUUUUUGAUGUGGUUUAUUGAAACUGCUAGCUUUAUUGACGUGGAUGAUGAAAGAUGGCACUACUUUCUAGUAUUUGAGAAGUAUAAUAAGGAUGGAGCUACGCUCUUUGCGACCGUAGGCUACAUGACAGUCUAUAAUUACUAUGUGUACCCAGACAAAACCCGGCCACGUGUAAGUCAGAUGCUGAUACUGACUCCAUUUCAAGGUCAAGGCCAUGGUGCUCAACUUCUUGAAACAGUUCAUAGAUACUACAUUGCAUCUCCUUCUGUUCUUGAUAUUACAGCGGAAGAUCCAUCCAAAAGUUACGUGAAAUUAAGAGACUUUGUGCUUGUGAAGCUCUGUCAAGAUUUGCCCUGUUUUUCCCGGGAAAAGUUGAUGCAAGGAUUCAAUGAAGAGAUGGCAAUAGAGGCACAACAGAAGUUCAAAAUAAAUAAGCAACAUGCUAGACGAGUUUAUGAAAUUCUUCGACUACUGGUAACUGACAUGAGUGAUGCUGAACAGUACAGAAGCUAUAGACUGGACAUUAAAAGAAGACUAAUUAGCCCAUAUAAGAAAAAGCAGAGAGAUCUUGCUAAAAUGAGAAAAUGUCUCCGACCAGAAGAACUGACAAACCAGAUGAACCAAAUAGAAAUAAGCAUGCAACAUGAACAGCUGGAAGAAAGCUUUCAGGAACUUGUGGAAGAUUACCGACGUGUAAUUGAACGCCUCGCUCAAGAGUAAAGGUUAUUCUGCUGUGUACAGGAAGUUUGCAAAUUUCUGUACAUUGUGUUGUGGAAAAUCUGAUGAUGACUUUAAUCUUAAAAUCUUGUAACAUUUACUUACAUUAAAAGUUAUCUAUCUUAUCUUUAGUUGAAUAUUUUCUUUCGGAGAGAUUGUAUAUUUUAAAAUACUGUUUAGAGUCUAUGAGCGAAUAUUACAUUUUAAAAAAAUAUAUAGCUUCUGAAAUACCACUGCAAUUGCUUCCCUUCUUAACAGUAUAAUAAAUGCAUAGUUGUGAUAUGCUAA